GGCGUCGCUUCGCCGUACAGAAGUGGAGAACUAAAAUGGCGUCCGGUGCCAUUUCAGCAGAGACCAAGAAGAUAACGGAUUUGCGCGUUGUUGAUUUAAAAACUGAACUCAAGCGGAGGAACCUGGACGUUACCGGAGUGAAAAAUGUUCUCAUUGCGAGGCUGAAACAGGCAUUAGAAGAUGAAGGCGGUGAUCCAGAGAACAUUGAGAUCCCUGUGUCAGCUGACACAAGUACCCGGAAGAAUACAAAAUCCAAAGGAAGGAGGAACGACUCGGAUGUUGACCUCACAAUGGAAGAGGAGUCAUUUUCCAAGGAGCCUGAAGAGGAGGAAUCUGAGAAAGAUAUAACUGAUACUGAUGAUGCUACUCGUGAAAAUACUAAAUCCUUCUCCGACGGGGAUGGCCUCGUCGAGCCUGAGGCACAGCCAGACCUGGAGGCAGAGUCUGAGAUUGAGGCCGAGGCAGAGCCUGAGAUUGAGGCAGAGCUGGAGCCUGAUCUUGAGGCUGAGGCAGAAGUCGAACCUGAAGUCCCAGCGAUGGAGGCCUUGGAGAGCGAAGCCGCUUCCGAACCUGCCAAAGAGGUCGAAGAUGAUAACAUAUCCGUCACCAUCCAGGCAGAAGAUGCCAUCACGCUGGAUGUGGAUGGCGACGACCUCCUGGAAACAGGUAAACAUGUGAAACUUCCAGAUUCUGAGGCAGACAAGGGCUGCGAGGAGCCGGAAGCCUCUGCCGAGACGAGGCAGGAGGCAGACUCGAUGGCCGAAGUAAAGGACAGCCACAAAGAUUGUAAGAGAGACGACAGCCCGAAGACUGAUACCACCAAGAAGGACGGCAGGGAGGCCUUGAAGAAAGCUGAAACGGGAGACAAAGAAAAGGAUUCUGGGAAGAAAGGCCCCUCUUCUGCUGGGGCAGCAGGUCAAGCAAAGAGUGCCUCAAAAGACCGAGAUGGGAAGACCGCAAAAGAUGAAAAAGCAGGAAACAACAGCAGCACUAGCUCUACUCGGAAUCUGUGGGUGAGCGGCCUGUCGUCCAACACCAAAGCAGCUGAUUUAAAGAACCUUUUUGGCAAAUAUGGCAAGGUUUUCAGUGCCAAAGUGGUCACCAAUGCCCGCAGCCCAGGGGCUAAAUGCUAUGGCUUGGUGACAAUGUCCUCCAGUGCUGAAGUGGCACGAUGCAUAUCCCAUCUGGACUGCACCGAGCUCCACGGUCAGCAGAUAUCUGUGGACAGAGUUAAAAGUGACCCUUUCAAGAAGGACUCUAAAAAAGAAGGAGAGGAUAAAACAGGAUCCAAUAAAGCAUCAGGGGAGAAGCGCAUUUCUGCUGGACUGAAGGCCGCUAGCAAGGCUCAGGCCUCCUCUAAAAAGGAAGAAAAGAAGCCAACUGAGAAGGACGGCAAAGAAUCUUCCAAGAAACAGGAGUCCAAGAGCACCAAGUCUGACGCUCCAUCCUCUAGCUCUGCUUCUGACCCCAAGAAGGACGAGAAGAAACACGGGCGGAAGAGUCCAGGAAAGAUGCUUGUGCUUGACCAGUCUAAAAGCCAGCAAGGCUUCAACAAACCUCGACCACCGUUCAGGAGGGGAGGACGUUUUGACAAGCCUGCUGCCCCCAAUAUGAUGAACAGACGUCCUCGAUGGCUCAUUCCUCCUGAACAGAUAGAAGCCAUGAAGAAAGGGAGGCCUUUUCCCAACAAAGGUGGCAAUAAGGACAUCCUUCCUUUCGAGAAAAUGAAGGAACAAAGGAUGCGUGAGCGCAUGGUUAGAAUGGAAAGAGUCCGCAGGGCCAUGGAACUGCGCAGGCGACGCGAGAUGGCAGAACGGGAGCGCAGAGAACGCGAACGGCUGCGAGUAAUGCGUGAGCGUGAGGAGAGGGAGAACCUGAUGCGUGAGCGCCAGAGGCUGGAGAUGGAGAGGCAGAAACUCGAGCGUGAACGCAUGGAGCGAGAGCGCUUGGAGAGAGAGAGGAUCCGCAUCGAACAGGAGCGAAGAAAGGAAGCUGAGCGCAUGGCUCGGGAGCGGGAAGAGCUGAGGAGGCAACAAGAACAGCUACGCUAUGAGCAGGAGAAACGCAACAACCUGAAGAGAGGCCGUGACGUAGACCACAGGAGGGAUGACUCUUACUGGAAUGGCAAUAAGAAGAUUCAGCCAGAGUCAGAGGGUCGUAUAAGCCAAGCUUCAGACUACAGCAACCGACAGCAGGGUCGCUUCAGUGACUUCAGCUCCAGAGACAGAACACGUUUCCCAGAUAGUGCUCCAGUCCAGCCCUCUAACUUUGACAGGCGGAAUCGAUUUGACAGUGAACCUGAGGCUAAGAAGAAUCGUCCUGACCCAAGGCGUGAAGGUUCUGGGUUUGAGCGUUACCCUAAAAGCUUUGAGGGUGUGCGCCGGGCCGAGCCCCCUCCCCCAUCAGGCCGCUCCGAUCUUCGUGACACAGACAGGAGGGAUAUUCGUGACAGAGAUGAACGCCGUCCUGUGUCAAUGCCUGAACGGCCAACAGGAGGCAGAGCUCCUCCUCCAGCCAUGAGCCACUCUCGCUCGACUAGAGACACCGGCCACACUGGCUGGAAAAAUGAUGGUGGCAUGAACACAAAACCGUCUGAUGUCAGGGGAGCAGUGCGGAUGCGUCCAGAGCACUCGGGCCGAGACGGACCAGGCCCUAACAUGAGAGGUGCCUCCUCAGCUAACCGUGGCAGGGGCAGCUUCAGUAGCAGAGACGGAGGUAGACCUUCAGUCAUGGGUGAUCAGCAUUUUAGCAGUGGAAGGCAGGUGGUGGUGGAGAGACACAGCCGGGAUCAGGGACCCAGAAAGGAGUGGCAUAGCAGCAGCUCCCAGAGUGGAGGUUUUCCUGAUAACCGGUGCAUGGGAGAAAGUCGACCUGCCAUGAUGGCUCCACAUUCCAGCCACUCCUCCAGUGGCAUGAACCGAAUCGUCCAGAUCACAAACGUCCCAAUGACUGGCAGCAGUGGAGGAUUCAAACCCUUCAAAGGAAGGUUCUAGCAACCCAGUCUUCUUUUCCAACAGGGAAAAAACCCCAUACAUUUUAUAACUUAAUUUCUUUGCUUUUUUUUAAGUUUGAGAUAUUUGAUGUUUUUAAAAUGGUUGGACUGAAUAUUGUAAACAAGCCUUUUUUGUAUAGAGCCUUGUUAAAAUAAAUGUAGGACUUGUUCCUCAGCUGUUCUCCUGUGAGCUGUAAAAAAAAAAAUGCACAUCCCUGUUACUUUAGCACAUCAUACUGUACAAGCAGCUCGUGCAGUUUAUGAGUUUUUUUUGUUUUUGUGUAUUUAAACUGUGUUUGGAAUAACUAGGCAGUGCAGUAUUUGGGAACCCUGCUUUAGGGUUGAGGAACAGUGGUGUGUGUGUGUGUGUGUGUGUGUGUAUAUAGCAAUAGACAUGCAGUGUGUUCUUCCUGUUUCAUAAUUGCUCUGGGUUUGCCGCUUCAUUAAAUCCUACAGAUUAUUAACUGUUUGUAUUCUGGUCAGAACACUAAAAUACAUUCUGCUGUGAAGUACCACAAUGCAACAGGUCUCGCUGCGCGUAUUUCUUUAAUCAGAAGUUUUUGUCCUUCGUCUAAGGCUCGUGUUACAGAUAAUGUCCGUCUACUUUUACACACCAUGUUGGGCUAACUUACACAUUUUGGUCAUAUAUAUAUACAUAAACAAUUAACCCAUUUUAAUGCAAAGGAACAUUGACCUUUUUUUUUUUUUUAAUAUCCAGCCUUUAUGCAACUGUAAAGAUUAAGUGUAAAUAGAUAUAGAAAGGUAGUACAAAUAGAAUGGAUCACUGACUCAGUGACCGUUAGCGCUGAACAUGCAUGGCGAAAUUUCGCUUCUUUCGACCAAUCCGUCACACUGAUCUCGAGAACGAUGCACAGAGGUUCUCGCGAGAUCCGAUUUUGACCCAUUUGUGGUAGACAGCAUACAUACAUGCUAAAUAACCCCAGCUUCCUCCCAUGGAGGAAUGGGGAGGUUUUGGCAAAGCAGGCACAGGAUUUUUGUUUACAAACUCACCCCAGUGUGUAUUAAAAAGCAUAGCCUUAAAUCAUAGCUUUCCUGAUCCUGCUCCUUUAUUGAAGUUUUAACCCUUCUCUAAAUCACCCACUUCAACUCAGCAGGGCUAUUAGAUUGAUUGGUGACGUCAGGUGUAUUUAAAGUAGGACAGAGGGGUUCUCCAGGACCAGGGUAAGGAUGGACCUGUGCCUUAAACUAUUAAUUUGCUGACCAAUUAAAUUGAGAGUUGUGGUUGAUCAGCCAAGUCAUUUGAUGUCUUGACUUUCUAAAGCCUUCUUCUGAUACAAAUAAUGGAAUUUUGUCUCUCCUAAAAUUCUAUCCUGCCUCAGACCAUAUCCAGUUCAUUAGUAACAUCACACAGACAUGACGGUGGUUUAAGAUGCAUGAACAAAACGUCAGUGCAGCUAAACAUUGAGUAUGUUGCGUUACUGCCCGUUUAGUCUGAAAUGAUAAAAGCAGAGUUUGCUGUCAUUCUAAAGAAAGAAAGCCUCAGCUUUUCUCCAUACCAGCUUCAUAUUGUUUUGGAGCCCUGUAAAUGUUUCUAAUGGUCACAUCCUCUUUCUUUAAUCAGCAUGAUUCAGCUUUUCAGGGUGCUUUACACUAACUCUGGCAUCUGAUUCGGUAGAAAAUGAGGUAUUUUGCUCCUUAUUAGUGCAUUUCAAUUGAUAUAACAG